AUGGAAGAAGGAAGCGAUGUUGCUGCGGAAGAUUCCCGUCUUCCGACCCGGUUGAUGAAAACCGAUCACUUCCCGAACCGGCGGUUGAACUGCUAUUCAAAGGCAGAUACAAUUGCGUUUGUGAAAUAUACGCUGAGAGAUAGGCCGGAAGUGUUCCAGAGAAUUCGAAACUCCCGCUUUGGAAAGCUUUGGGAUUUUCCCGCCGUCAGAUGUCCAAUAUCCUGCAAACUUAUCCACGCUCUUUUGUGUCGCCAACUGCUGUCCAAGAAACACUAUGAGAUGUGGACGGUUUUUGGUGGACAACCUCUCCAUUUCUCGCUUUCCGAGUUUGCAAGCAUUACUGGGCUUCACUGCGGCGAAUUCCCGGAAAAUUAUGACCCGGAUUGGUAUCCACCCGUUUCGAAGGGGCCUGACAGGUGGUGGCGGGAGUUUAUAGGAAACGACUCCCGAACAACAAUCGCCGAUAUUGCUACAACUCUGGAAAGUGAUGAAGAUAUGGAUGAUGAUCGGAAGCUGAGACUGUGUCUCAUUCUCCUUGUGGAUGGUGUCCUUUGCGUGAGCAGCCAGGUACUUAAUGGAGCUUUGGAGUCAUUUGGGAGAAGGAGUGUUGGAGACGUCAAGACCAAGAGCAACCAGGAUGCGAACCAGGAUGAGGAACCCGUUUGUCACCUUUCCUUGACCAAGAAGAGAGUUGACCACAUCCAAGUGAAACGCAGCGUUUUGGGCUUAAAUCUUGGGGAAGGAAAGAAGAAGGGUUUUAGAGAGUCUCCACUAUAA